AUGCAAGACCUUAAAAAGACCUCUCAGCGCACGUGUUGGAAGGAAUCAAAAAAAAAGACUUCAAAAACCAUUCAUUCAUUGGUGAACAAACUCCAAGUGGGAAUCUCUCCAAAUAAACAGAGAUUAAUGACUCAUAAAGAAUCAUUCUUGGAAAGGUGUGCACAGUACAUUCUCUCUCCGGUUGAAUCUAUUGAUCGUUUACCAAGCUUUAAUAUCAACUCUACCAUCGGAAAGGUUAUAAUUCUCGUUUCUAUUUCCAUUGGAUCACUCUCCUUAAUUUCUAAAUUAUACAUUCCUAUUAUGAGUUAUUUCAUGAACCGAAAAACCAAAAGAAAGGAAGUGCAACCCGAAUCAAGCUCAAGCAUGAACUCACCCUUCAAAAACAAACCAUCCGAGUGUCUUUCUCAAUUGAAUAUGAGAGAGUUUUGGUAUCCUGUAUGCUUUUCGGAACAAGUCUCCCUCAAAGAUCCAAAACCCUACUCUUUCAAACUACUAGGAGAACCUUUGAUACUGUUUCGAGUGGAGGACGGUUCGGUGGAAUGUUGCUUGGAUUUAUGUCCACAUCGAUCAGCGAAACUCUCCACUGGAGUUGUCAAUGAAUUUGAGGGAAAGCGUUCUGUUGAAUGUGCCUAUCAUGGAUGGCGUUUUGGUAAGAAUGGAGAAUGCCAUCGAAUUUCCUCUGUCGAAUCAUCUCGCAUGCAAGGAGUAUGUAGCACAGUGAAAGCACAAACAAGGAGCACGUAUGAAUUUGCUGGAAUGAUAUGGGUAUGGCCAAGCACAGUUUCAAAAGCAAAUCCUGACUUGAUUCCAAGAGAGCUAUUUCGUGAAGAGUUUUUGGAAGGAAGCGAGAAACCCUAUGUCAUGCUUCAACGAAACAGGGAUAUUCCUUGUCACUAUUCACUCGUGAUUGACAAUUUAUUGGAUAUGUGUCAUCUGGAUUUUACGCAUGAUGGAUCUCUAGGUAAUCGGACGAAGGCAACUCAGAUUAAGGCAGAAUUAGUGGUGUCCCAUCAGGUUCCAAUGCAAGAUGCCAAACGAGGUAAUCUUCCUUCUGAAAUGAAUUGGGAUCGAACCAUUCACGAAGGUUCGUUCAUGUAUCGUGUCACAAAACCAGAGUUUCAACAAGUGGGAUUGAAGAAAGAUUUUGCCAAUUUAACAAGUUUCAUUCCACCAUGUUUUGUUCGGCUCGACAACACUGACUAUGUUGGUAGCAUUAAUUCUUCGAACCAUACUGGAGAGAAGAGUAGGGAAGGACCUAAACUCACUCAAGUGUUUUGCAUGAUUCCGACCGAGGAGAACAAACAUCGAGUGCUCAUUCGAUUUUAUUCCACAAUUCCAGUCUUGAACUACCUGAACAAAAUUCCAUUCGUUUAUAAUAGGCUUGUUAAAAAGGCAGAUCAAAUAUUGGAUGAGGAUUUAGAGUUGUUGUUUGGUAUUCAGGAAAACAUCACCAAGCAUGGAGCCAAGAUCUACAAUCGAAUUAUGAAUGCUGACAGUUGCAUCAAAUCCUAUCGAGACUGGGAAAAGAAGAUGCUUCAUCAUAACGAGAACAUGUGGUUUCAGGGGUUUGAUCAAAUAGACAUGGAGGAUUUGGCCUAA